ACUUCCAAACAAGUCUCCUCCAAAACAUGACGCUCCACUCCAUCGUCAUCCAGAAGCUCCUGAGCACGAACUCCCACCUCGGCCGCCGUGUCGCCACCCACAACUUCAAGCCCUUCACCUACGGCAGCCGCAACGGCAUGGCCAUCAUCGACUCGGACAAGACCCUCGUCUGCCUCCGCAACGCCUGCGACUUCGUCGGCUCCAUCGUCCGCCACCGGGGCCGCUUCAUGUUCGUCAACACCAACCCGCUCUUCGACGAGAUCGUCGAGCAGAUGACGCGGCGGAUCGGGUGCUACUCCCCCAGUGGCAACGCCCUGUGGCGGACCGGCGGGUUCCAGACCGACAGCUGCAGCUCAAAGAAGUUCCGGUCCCGGAACAAGAAGAUCUGCUUCGGGCCGACGCAGCCGCCCGACUGCCUCGUGGUCAUGGACAUCGAGCGGAAGUCGUCGUCGGUGAUCCAGGAGGCCAAGAAGCUGCAGAUCCUGGUGGUGGCGCUUGUGGACUCGAGCAUGCCGUGGGAGUGUUACAAGAAGAUCACGUACCCGAUCCUGGCGAACGACUCGGUGCAGUUUGUAAUAUGA